CCAUAAUCGCCGUCUCCUCACAUGUGUAACUUGGUGUCGCACAUAAACAGGCCCCGUAGAAAAUUCCUAUGUCUUUCUUUGGUUCCGAUCUACCAAAAAUGGCGUCCGCGGCGCUGAAGGUUGCAGUGGCAGGACUUUCUAGAUGUCCACGUCUCCCACUGGUCAGGACAUACUCAAUGACAACGUCCCUGCGCCAGGGCGUCCCAUCAUCACUGUGGAACUUGGGGCGGCUGAAUCACAUUGCUAUUGCUGUUCCUGACAUGGAGAAGGCCACGGCCCUUUAUCGAGAUGUGCUGGGGGCCAAGGUGAGCAACAAGGUGCCUCUGCCUGAUCAUGGUGUUUACACAGUGUUUGUUGAGCUUGGCAACACUAAACUGGAGCUCCUCCAUCCACUCGGGGAAAAAAGCCCGAUUGCCGGCUUCUUGCAAAAGAACAAGUCUGGAGGGAUGCACCACAUUUGCAUUGAGGUGGACAACAUCAGUGCAGCAAUCGCUGACCUAAAAGCGAAGAACAUCAGAACUCUGUCAGCAGAGCCCAGAAUAGGUGCUCAUGGGAAACCAGUGAUGUUCCUUCACCCUAAAGACUGUGAUGGUGUCCUGGUGGAGCUUGAAGAGGCGUGAACAUCUGUAGAAUAAGAAGUUCCUUUCUUUCAGUUUCAGUCUUGGAAUAAAUCAAUUGUUGAUGUUUUCGUGA